CUUUCUGCUGAAGUUCUUGAGGAUUACAUUCGCUUUGCUAGAAGCUAUGUGGAGGCUCAGAGCUCUGUUGACCAGGACUCUACUAUCUCUCUGACCACCACCAUGCCAACCUUCUCCUCUCUGGGCCUUAGUGCUGAUGCUACAUACAGCACUACUUCCUACACUCCUGAUGCACAUGCUGUCUCUAAGGAAGAGGCUGAAUUCUAUUAUUCAGGCCUUCAUUCUGAGCCCAGAUUGCUAUACCGCACAGGCAAGAAGUGGUUUCCACCCAGGGGACCUGAGGCCUAUCGCCGUUUGAAGGAGCUGCACCCAGUCUUCAACCAUCCAAUUACAACAGUCUGGAACAAUGACUUGGGCUGGAGGGUUGUCAAGGUUUUAGACACUCACACAAUCCACUUUACAACAAUAGAUGUUGUUCGUUUCAGGAUGGUCAAGUUCAAAGAACCACCUGAGGAUGAAGAAGAUACUGAUGAAGAAAGAGUAGAGGCCAAUAAACUAGUCAUCACUCCUGUCACUAUUUGGAUUGGUGUCUUCCCUGAGUCUACCUCUACCACAGCUGCCCAUGAUGCAGCUCAGGACAUUCUAGCCCUUCUCAAGGACUACCAGAUCACCGACGUCGAUGUCGACUUCCGUCAGUCCUUCUACACACGUGAGGCCAGUCCUCAGCUUCUCAAACCUGUCAGUGACCUGAACCCACUUGUCAAUGUCAUUAGUCCCCUCACUCCCACUCUUGGCCUCUGCAUCUCUACCAAGGCCAGACCUGACAUUCAGGGAACAAUGGCCCUCUACCUUGCUGAGGGUGGUGGCAGUGAUAACCUCUUAGGUCUUUCCUGCCGUCAUGUCCUGAUUGGAUCAAAGGAAGCUAAUGUUGACUAUAUUUGCCAUCCUAGUAGGCCUCCUAAAGAAGUCAUCUUGCUUGGCAAUAGAGCCUUCACCAACUUCAUCAAUUCAAUCAAACUCAAGGUCAGAGGAGGUGGAACUGCAGUGGAGUAUUGGAGGAAGGAGAUUGAAUGGUUCAAGGAGGAUGAGAAGGGCACUGAUGCUGUUGAUGUUGAGAAGGCCAAGGAAUAUCGGAUUAUGACUCAGAGAUGGCUGGAUGACACAGAGGAGGCAAUGGAUGCACUUGCAGUGUUUCUCAAUGAGGUCAACAAGGACUGGAAGAAACUUGACAACCGCAUCCUUGGCCAUAUCCUUUGCUCCCCAGCUAUCAGUCUUGGUGUCAGUGAGCAACGUUUCACAGAGGAUUGGGGAAUUUUCAAGGUCAACUGGGCGAAGCUUGGUGAUGGCUUCCAGGGAAAUAAGAUACACCUUGGAACAAAGCUAUCACCUGUCCAGUUCAUGUGCAAAUAUUUUCCCUAUGAAGACCCCAACUGGGAGUUUGAAUAUCCUGGAAAUCGUCUGCUUCCACUUAUGGGCAUCAUUUCUGAUGACUUGAUGCACACUCCUGACAUGUGGGACUCAAAUGGUGAACCAUACUUGUUGGUUGUCAAGAGUGGCAAUGCCACUAACACCACUAUUGGCCGUGCAAAUGGUGUCUUCUCUAUUGUUCGUGACUAUUUCCAAGACAUGUCCAUCAACCAAACCUCUAUGGAGUGGGGGAUAAUGAACUAUGACAGCGAGUCAGAAGUCUUUUCAGAACCUGGGGAUUCAGGUGCAGUAAUUGCUGACAUCCGUGGCCAUAUUGGUGGCAUGCUUACUGGUGGUUCUGGUAUGACAACAUCCCCUGAUAUGACUUAUGCCACACCAUUCUGGUGGCUCCUUGAGCGUAUCAAGGCUAAUGGAUUCCCUGAUGCACACCUUGACAUCCUUGUCUAG